AUUUGGGAAAGUGUAACUCUUCUUAAUAUCUAAAGAAAAUUGCAAAAAGUCUCAUCAUUCACGUAUUUCGGUUGGCAAGAUCCGGUUUGUCACUGCAGUAUUGAAACUUCCGGGCAUAGGAAAGCAGCAAACGCUGUCUCUUACGUCACUUAAACGUAGAGUUCGUUUACGUGCAAUGGCUGCCCCCGUCGCUCUCAUUCAAGGUGCCAGCAGGGGACUGGGGCUUGAAUUCUGUAAGUAUAUCUUAAAAAAUCAAAGCCUCGCUGCUGUCAUAGCGACAUGCCGAAACCCGGACGGAGCCGCGGAGCUGCGGGGCCUGGCAGGACAACACCCGAGCAGACUCACGGUUCUCAAGCUGGACGUGAAUCAGGAGGAGGACAUCCGCGGAGCUGCAGAGCGGGUUAAGGAGAACUUUGGUCGACUGGAUCUCAUCGUUAACUCCUCGGCGAUGCUUCAUCCCUCUGGGAAGGGAGAGACCAGCCUGAGAGAUGUUUCUGCACAGGGUGUCAUUUCCACCCUGACGACCAACACAGUGGGUCCUCUGAUCAUGGCAAAAUAUUUCUCCCCCCUCCUCCAGAAGGGGGGUGGUGCUUUUGGUCAGCAGCCUGCAGAGAAAGCCAAACAGCACAGCGGCAUCAUCGCCAACAUCACGGCUAAAGUGGGCUCCAUCGGAGACAACGGACUUGGUGGUUGGUACAGCUAUAGGAUGUCUAAAGCAGCUCUCAACAUGGCAACCAGAAAUUUGUCCAUAGAGCUGGCCCGCAGUCGGCCAAAGGUGUUGUGUGUUUCCUUGCAUCCAGGGACAGUCAACACAGACCUUUCCAGGCCUUAUCACAGAAAUGUACCUAAAGACAAGCUGUUCACUGCUGAACACUCAGCAAGCUGCCUGAUGAGCAUCAUAAACUCGCUAAGCAUCGAGAAGACUGGAAAGGCAUACAACUGGGAUGGGACUGAGAUUCCUUGGUAGAACUGAUAAUUGGAGAAAGACAGAAGUGACCUUAUCGCUGCUGUUUUGUAAAAAACUCUCCAGUCAGACAGUGGAAGGGAAGGCAGUGAUGUGCAGAUAGUGUCUUGCAGAGUCGCAGUCCAAACAGUCGCUGACAACCUCCUCUGCUACCUCAGAAUUUUCCAAAGUGCUCAAAACAUCUUUGCUUGAACUAUUGCCACUGCAUACCGGCCAAAUGAGGCCUUAGGAUUUAAUGGUUUAGGAUUUAACACUAACAUCCUCUGAGGUGAUGCAGCAAGUUUCAUUCUGUGGGUAGAAAUGGUGAAAAUUGAAUAAUUUAGACUUUUUUCCAUAUGGUUAUGUGAUUAAAAUGAAAGGAAUUCUGAUUGUAUUGUGUGACUCUUCAAACAUUAAGUGUACUAAGCCUUUACAGAUUUCUCAAAGAAACUGAAAAUUAUGUCAGUUGAUGCCCACAAAACUGAUUAUGGAUAAGAAAUAAAAAAUAACAAACCCCUCCCAGCCUUUUGCUAUUAAUCUCUGUAGUAUUAC